AUGCCCGAAUUCGUACCCCUACAGGAACAGGCGACCAAUUGCUGCAAUGAAAACGCCAUUCUCUUGGCCUUACACCCUGAAGCAAUCCAAUCGGGAGAUUCUGGAGAAGGAAAACUGCCCAUCACGAUUUAUGAGAGUGUCGACGACCGUGAACAGCCCAAGGAUGAUGGGACAAUGCAAACCGACGGAGAAGAGGGAUCAAUGCAGAUUGACAGAGAAGAGCCAUCCGGCAUCAAGUUCCGCCAAAUACCGUACACAAUCGAGACAGACGAGACAGAAAUGAUUGCAAUAGAUUAUGUCGCCAAGGGCGCAGGUGGCGCCACGGCAAUCGACGAUGCGCCGUCCGAGGAGCCUACUACAAAGUCAUCUGAACUUCCUCAGACUGACAGAAAGGGCAAGAAGCGAGCAGAUCCACAACCAGACACUCCCGACAUGUUGGAAACAGAUAGCGCAGAGGAACCACUGAAGGCGCUCAAUCCGGAAGAAGAAGACCAGAUCGCCAAUAUAACGACCCGGCUCAACGGUGUAAAGAUGCUGCAGUCACGUCUUCAACUCCUGAGCAGCUUCAUCCAGUCCCUCCCACCCUCAUAUGUCUCUGCUCCAAGCACUGACACGGAAAGUCUACGACUGACGCCGACAACACCGGACCCAUCCCAUCUCCCUCACUUACGCAACAUCCAAGCUCUGCUCACACGCCUCUCCCUGCUCACCCCGCCCACGGAAUCAUCCCAAGAACACCCUUUGACAUCUGCUUCUCUGGCGCAAUCCAACGAUGUUUCCCUCGUCAGCCUCCUCGCCCUGCUCGGUCAGGACAUCCAGGCACUUUCCGAACUUGGUCGCAAAGCCGUCACCGUGGAGGCGAACAAGAGUAGUCCAAAAGGCAAGCAUCAAGCUUCCGGAGGGGCGAAGGGUGCAGGUGCAGGCGGAGGCGGCACGGGAGGCGGGACAGGGCCUGGUGGACAAAGCGGCCUCACAAGCAUGGACGAAAGCGACCUGUUUCCUGGGUUUGGCGGAGUGAGCAGUGCUGGGGCGUCGGCUAUGGUUUAA